AUGCUACACAAGAUGGAAGGUUUCUUGGUCUUACUUCUCUUUGGUUAUGAAGCCAGCCUGGGAUUAUCGUCCACUGAGGAUGAGGGUGAGGACCCUUGGUACCACAAAGCAUGCAAGUGUGACUGCCACGGAGGAGCCAAUGCCCUGUGGUCUGCAGGUUCCACCUCCUUAGAUUGCAUACCAGAAUGCCCCUAUCACAAGCCCCUCGGUUUCGAGUCAGGAGAGGUUACAGCAGAUCAGAUCACUUGCUCCAACCCGGAGCAGUAUGUGGGCUGGUAUUCGUCAUGGACUUCCAGCAAGGCCCGGCUCAACAGCCAAGGCUUUGGGUGUGCCUGGCUCUCCAAGUUCCAGGACAGCAGCCAGUGGCUACAGAUAGAUCUGAAGGAGAUCAAGGUGAUUUCAGGGAUCCUCACCCAGGGACGCUGUGACAUCGACGAGUGGAUGACCAAGUACAGUGUGCAGUAUAGAACUGAUGAGAGCCUGAACUGGAUUUACUAUAAGGAUCAAACUGGAAACAACAGGGUCUUCUAUGGAAACUCGGACCGGAGCUCCACAGUCCAGAACCUGCUGCGGCCCCCGAUCAUUUCCCGCUUCAUCCGACUCAUCCCGCUGGGCUGGCAUGUCCGCAUUGCCAUCCGCAUGGAGCUGCUAGAGUGCGUCAGCAAGUGUGCCUGAGGCCUCAAGCUGGCACCUGCCAGAGGGU